UGUACUUCCGGAUCAGAGACCUGAUAAUUUCCUGAGGCGCGCGACGUAAACAGACUGCAUGUGGCGGGAAUGUGGAUGUGUUUUUCCUGAAGUUUUACCCCCGGUCUUCCAGCCGAAACAUGAUCCCUGCCGCCGCUUCUCGCUGGAUUCGGAAGGAAAGCAAGCCGGUGUUCAACAUCAUGUGGCGGUGCGUCGUGUCCGGGUGUCCGAGCCGCAUGGGGACCGUGAGCCGGGGCGCCUUGAAGCGAGGACCGAAAAGGUUCUUCAGGUUCCCCACAUCUCCGGACCGAGUCAAGGUAUGGCUGGCGGCGUUGAGGGAAACCGAUAAGGAUCCGUCUGAGCAGCAUUUUAUCUGUGAGGAUCACUUCCUGCCGGAGGAUAUUUCAGGAAACGACGUUCGGAGCGACGCUAUUCCCAUCAUGCCUCCUUAUCUGGACGGGCCACAGUUCCCGACCGGCGCCGACCCGUUACUGGAAGAGGAACAGUGGGCGACCGGCGGCUGGGGUGAAGAAGAGGAGGAGGAUGAAGAUGAGGCACCAGAGCAGAAUCCAAACAGACCUGCUCAGAAUCCAUCAGAACCUGAUGUGAAAAGUGAAUUCUGUCCUCAGGAUGAAACGACCGGCUGGUUCAUCAGAGAAGGUACUCCUCUGACCCGGCUCACGCGGGGUUUCCUCCAGCUGCUCAUGGCCGACCCAGACGCCUCGCUGGACGUCAGAGAGGCGGCGGAGAAGCUCCAGACCCAAACGCACCGAGUCCAGAGCGUCGUGGACGUCCUGCAGGGCAUCGGACUCGUCCAGAGCGACUCGGAUGAGCGGGUCCGGUGGAUAGGAAGUAGUCCCAUCUUCAGCUUCCUGUGGAGAGACACUUUGUCCUUCCUGACGAUGCUACAGGGGCUGAAGGACAUGGAGGAGGAAGUGGACCGUCUCUUUAAAUCCUGCGCUCAGCAGCUCUUCGACCUCACUGAGGAUGAGGAGAACUCUUCGCUGGCCUACAUCCGCUGCGAUGACAUCCGUCGCCUUGGAGCCCUGCAGCAACAGUCGGUGAUCAUCAUCAGAUCUCCUCCAGAAACGAAGCUGGUCAUUCCUCCUCCUGACGAGGACGGGAUUCGGAUGCAGCUGAAGUCUGAGAACGGACCCAUCGUGGCGCUGACCUGUGACAUGGGAACUUUGACCUCUGAACUCACAAACAGCAGCAUGUCCUUCUCGGCGCUGGAGAGUCGCGUCAGGGCGUGUACGGUUGAUGAAGUGGUGAACAAGAAGAUGAAGAUCUAGGAAGAGGAUGAAGAUUUUCUCAGCAGGAUAAAAACCCAAUGAUGCGUCAAACUGAAGGAACUCUGAGGUUGAACAGGAAAACCUCUGAAUGUUCAGUGUUGGUGUUCAGAAGGGCUGGAAAUUCAAACCUGGAUGAAAGUUUUUCUGUUUGACGGGGACCACAGCGCCCCCUAUUGGCUGAACCAAAAGCCGCCGUCUUCCUCUUUGGAUCAUCUCAGCCACCUCACCUUGUCAGUUCAACAAUUUAAACUUUGAUUAUCAUUGUUUUGUUAAACUGGGAGGUAAACGGAGACCAGAACAAGCUGCUGGUGUAACUGGUGGAUGGACUGAAGAUCUCAAACCAACUUUUUUUUCCUUCGAACUUUAACCUCUCUGGUGUUUUUAUCCAAACUGGAGACGCAGGAGAGGUGAACAUCUGGUCAGAAACUCAGAAAUCCGAUACUUUUCUGUACUGUGAAUGCAGCACUUGAAGCAUUAACGGGAAGCGCUCCUCAGUGUCUUCAAGCCGUUUAAAUUGAAACUGAGACAUCAUUCAGGCUGCAGGACGGCGAGAGAGAGCAAGACUUUCAUAAGAUAACUGAAAGGAUGAAUAUAUCGCAAAAAUUUAUUUUUUUUUAUAUUUUGAACUUUCUGUUGUGGUACAUGUUUGAUUUAAAAAUAUUAGGGGUGUUAGUCGUCACACACAUUUAGUCUGUGUAGUACUAACCCCAUUUAGUGGUUAGUUUUAGCAUUAAGACGCUAACAUCCAUUUAAAAUGUGAAAAUCCUCAAUCAUUGAGUCAAAAACCCUGUUUUACAUUAACUGCUUUCCCUCACACAGUGUGACGUCUCCCCUACUCCGAAUGUAACUUCAAAAUGACGGCGGAAAGACUGGAAUAAAUAUUUUCUUCUAUUAACCUGGAGACAUGACAUUUGUUUCUGAAAUGUUUUACUUUUCAUUAUAGAAAAACAUGAAGGAGGAACAGAAAUUAGUUUUUAUAGAAACGUGUUGAAUGUUAAAAUGUCCCUUUGUGUUGCUGCCGUUUCUCUUUCAACACUUUGGAUUGAAAGAGAAGGAACCAGAUAUCCAGAUGGGGUCAGCAGAACUGAAAAAGUUUAAUUAUUUUUUACUUCUUACUUUCUUUAUAUAUUCUGAGAUCCGCAAAAUACAUUGAAACCAAUAAAAGAUUCGACUUCAGAAUCAAGAAAU